CAGCAUGGCAGCGGCAGGUAGCGAGCAGGAGGAGUUACUGGCGCUUGUGCACCAGCAUUUGGUCCAGGUUGGCUACCAGAAAGCGGCAAAGGAGCUGCUGCGACAGAGCGGUCAGAAAAACUUCCCAUCGCCCUCAGUCCCUCUUGAGGAUAUCUUCAUUCAAUGGAAGAAAGCUCCCUUCCAAGGCCAGAAACGAAAGGGAGAUGAUAUCAAGACAGACAUUCCAGCAAAGGUCAGAAUCCCUGACCCCAAGAGCAGCUCUGAGACCUCAGAAGAGGAGGACGUGGAAAGCCCCGUAAAAACUGACCUUCCUGUGAAUAACAGCUCUGCAGCUAAAGCAGAGAGUAGUAGUGAAGAUGAAGAUUCAUCCUCUGAAGAGGAGGAAGUUUCUGGAAAGAUGGUAAAGACUACUGUGACAGGAAAGCAAACAGCUAAUUUUCUGCAGCUUGCUGCUCAAAAAGCCAAUUCUGUCCCAGGUAAAGGGGUAGCCGUAGCUGCUGUCCAAGCAAAAGAGAGACCAACCAAAGCUAUCUCAAACAAGCCAUCUCCUUCAGUUGUGGCCAAAGCAGGACAGAAUAAAGUUUUUUCUGGCAAACCGGAAGCUGCCGCGCCACUUAAGGCUCUUAAAGGACGGAGCGCAGCACCACUGAGCGUGGCGCAGAAGGCAGCGGAGUCUGAAAGCAGUAGCAGCUCUUCUGAGAGUGAGGAAGAAAAGACAUCAAUAGCGGUAAAAAACCCAAUUCCCAAGCCAGCUCUAAAAAAGACUGAGAGCAGCAGCGAGGACUCCAGUGAGGAUUCUGACUCUGAAGAAGAAGAAGCAAAUGCAACAACUGUUCAGGUGAAGCCAGCUGCGCAAAGUCCACAGAUCAGUACAAGACCUGUGAAAAGCUCUCCCGCCACUAUCCCACCUUCUAAAGGAUCCACAGUAAAGGUUAAGCCAGCUAUUCUCAAAGGACAGAGCGCAGCUCCAGUAGGUGUUGCUCAGAAGGCAGCAGGCUCUGAAAGCAGUAGCAGCUCGUCUGAGAGUGAGGAAGAAAAGACAUCAACCACAGUGAAAACCCCAGUUCCCAAGCCAGCUCUAAAAAAGACUGAGAGUAGCAGUGAAGACUCCAGUGAGGAUUCUGACUCUGAAGAAGAAGACACAAAUGCAGCAACUGUUCAGGUAGCUCCUUCUUCACUCUAGAUAAAGCUAGCUGUGCAAAGUCCACAGAUCAGUGCAAAGCCAGUGAAAAGCUGUCUUGCCACUGUCCCACCUUCUAAAGGAGCCACAGUAAAGGCAUCUCCAGCAAAGACAAAAAUAAGCCAGAUCAAAGCAGGAUUUGGAAAUACAACUGAAAGCAAAAAGCCAGCAGACAGCUCAGAUACCAGCGACUCCUCAGACAGCGAGGAUCAGGAAUCCUCUUCAGUGGUACUGACAAAAUCAUCUGAAAAAACACCUCAGGCCUCCACAGCAUCAGUGAAAAAGGCGCCACCAAACCUGUCGUCAAGCAAGGCAGCUUCUACUCCGGGUCCUUCGAAGCAGACACCAAAGCCCUCUGCGCCAAGCUUGGCGAAACCCUCAUUUCUCCCUCUUGCCAAGGUUGUUGGGAGUGCAGAGAGCUCAGAAAGCAGCGAGUCAUCGUCUGAGAGUGAGAAUGAAGCUCCCCCAGUUCCAGUAAGCCAGAAGAGAUUGCAAGCGCCUCAGCCUCCCACCGGAGUCAAACACAACGCGGCUGCUAAACCUGGCACCCCAGUGAAAGCUCCAUCAAGUGCUUUGAAAAGGAAGGAAACGGAGAGCGAGAGCAGCAGCUCCUCUGACAGCGAGGAUGAAACAGUCCCAGCAGCACAAAACCUGCCACCUCCAUCUGCAACCAAAGCAAAUGCUGCUGCUCAGCUUGCGUGUGCCAAGACACCCUGUCCUCCGCCAGCACCACUUAAGGCAUCCCAGCACAGUGAAGACAGUAGCCAGGAUUCAAGCGACGAGUCUGACUCAGAGGAAGAUACGGUGUUCACUCAGAAACCAGCUCCGGUGACACAGAAACCCUUGCUCACUCCCGUGAGAGCUUUGGCAGCAAAGACUACAGGUGCCAAGUCGGCCGCUGCCUCUCUUCAGAAGGCAUCAGAGAGUUCGGAGACUGACAGCUCUGAUUCCUCAGAGAGCGAAGAGGAUGGGAAGCCAGCAAAACAGAAAGUAUCCUCCAUUAACACAGCCACUCCUUCAGGAAAGGCUGGGCAGGCCAACACGGCGACACCCGGUUCCAUUUCCAAUAAGGGCCAAGGAAAACCCCCAGCCACGACACGGGGGAAAGCUGAGCUGAGCUCCUCCAAGCCGUCUCAGAGCCAGGCUGUCCUUGCUAAGCCGGCUGGGAUUCUGAAAGACAAGGAAAAUUCAAGUAGCAGCUCCUCAGACAGUGAGGAGGAGGAGGAGGCCGUAGCACCACCACUAGCAACUUCCACACAGAUUUCGCAGCCUGGCGUAGCCCAAAAACAAGGAACGACGGAAGAGGCAGACACCUUGUCUGAAGAGUCCAGCGACGAAGAGCUGGAGCCUUCCCAGUCUCUCUUAGCAGGUUGUCCAGGUCUUUUCAAAACCCCGACAGCCACUGUGCAGAAGAGCGUUGCCCCUAAGCCAUCCAAACAAGGCUCUGGGAAAACAGCAUCCACUACUGGCACUCCAGCAUUCAAUGCCCUUGCAAAGUCUUCAGAGAAAGUGGGCUCUGCUGUCGUCUCAUCAAGCGACAGCAGCGCCUCCGAUUCAGAUGCAGAGGAAAUACCAGCUGGGCCGAAGGCAGAGACCAGAGCCAUGCCGUUUUCCGUGAAGGCAGCUGUUGUGGCUAAGAUGGGCAAGGGUGCCGCGGUGCGGAAAACCGGACCAGGUAGUAUCGCUUCUAAGGCCUCUCCUGCAAAGAAAGCGACAGCCAAGUCUCAGAGGAAUGGCAAAGCCCGAGGAAAUGCAGCCGUACUGUUGCCUCUCGUUCCUCACUCUGAGAGUGGGGAGAAGGCUGUUUCCCAAGGUCCUGAUGCAGGAGCCCAGGGGGACACACAGACCACCCCUGCUGCGGCAGUCAAGACCCCCAAAACAGUAAAGCCAUCAAAGGCUGGAGCCAAAGAGAAGCAGAAGACGAAACGGAAACUGGCCGCUGGAGAACCUGGCCUUGGGGAACCAAAAAGAAAAAAGCAGAAAGGGCAGACUGGCUCAGAAAUGGGGAAGAAAAAGAAGAAAUCCAAGUCUUCAAGCAAAACAAAGAGGCCGAAGGACAAAGAUGGCAAGGGGAAAAAAUCCAAGAAAGGGAAGAACAAAACACUUUCUUCUGUUACUUCUGAUGGCUCACUUUCAUUAAAGAACAAAAAGAAGAAAAAGAAGUGCAAGUCAACCAAGCCUUUUGCUUGUUGUCUUUCCAUGGGUGGAAACUUCUGUAGCCGGGCCCUGGUGCCAUCUUACCAGCUAGAGUUGAACUUGAUGCUACAGGGGGACUGGAAAUGCCAAUAA